AUGUUUAAGAGAAAAAGGUUAAUUUUACAGGGUGAAGGCAUCCAGGAACAAUGGCAACGAGAAGAGAAAGAACUGAAACUGAAGUUAAUCCUUAAAGAUGCCCAUGUGUGCAGCAGGAUAGUGGAAAAGAAAAAGAAACCAGUUUUGAUAGGAGGAAUUGAUAUUUCUUUUAGCAAAGAAGACCCAAAUAAAGGCUGGAUGACUUUGGCUGUUGUUAAUAUGUCAAAUCUUAAAGUUGUUUACAGCAAGUCAAAAGAGAUUGAAUCUGAUGUUGAGUAUAUUCCCAGUUAUUUAGCCUUUCGAGAAGCACCAUUAAUUAUUGGCCUUCUAAAGGGGAUGAAAGCAGAGAGGGAUAAAUUCUAUCCUGAUGUACUUAUGGUUGAUGGCAAUGGAAUUCUACAUCCAAGAGAUCUUGGACUUGCCUGUCAUGUUGGUAUUAAACUGAACAUUCCAUGUAUUGGUGUGGCCAAAUCUUUAUAUACUUGCCAUGGUAUAUCAAAGGACAAAGAUUAUAAAGAUAAGGUUAAUGUUUUUAUUUUCUAA